UCGAGAAAUUUGGCUAUGGCUUCCAGUGGCGCUUUAUGCUCCGUUUAAAUCUGGCCCUUGGAGGCGCUCUGGCCGCCUGCCCGAGCGCGGUGAGGGAUGUGAGGCGAUGCAAUCGCGCUUGCCGGGCUUCGCGCAACAAAAGGCAAGCAUAAUAGCUGGUGCUUCCUAGGACACUAGGGUUGUGAUCGAUCGCUGGGCAUGGCAGCCGAUGUUCUUGGUGGAGGUAUUCUCGAUUUGGGCGAUCGCGGCUGGGCAGCCCAAGCUCCUCCACUGUCACAUUCACAGGUAGGCAAGGUAGGCAGUAGCCAGGAAGUGGAAAAAGUAGUGGAUGGCGCCAUUGAAAAAAUUUGGAGGGUGGAAGAUCGCGAUCAAACUCCAGACUCCUCGCGGGAAGAGCCAGAACUAGAUCCAGAGAACCAAGCACAGAUUGAUUCUACCAGUGAACAGUCGCUGCUAGAGAUUUCUUUGCCGAGGAACCUCUCGUCCCCGGACAAGGCUGUGAGGACCAAGGCUCUGGAAGCUCUUGGAAAAUGGCUGGCUUCGUGCUCAAUGGUGGAGGAGCGGUGCCUCGUUAGGAUCUGGCAGAGCAUUUUCUAUUGCAUCUGGUCGACGUCCAAGGCCUUGGAACAGGGUGAGCUGAUAAGAAACGUAGCGACCAUCGUCGGGAGCUUGAGUCCGGACAUGGCCAUCCUCGCGUUCAAGGUGCUGCUCUCGACCAUGAUCGUGGAAUGGAGCGGCAUCGAGAAAAAGAAGCUGGAGAAGUUCCGGCUGCUGCUCCAGAUCUGCUUGAGCCAGAUGUUUGUGGUGCUGGAGAGUCACGGCUGGAGCGAAGAACUCAUCUCCAAGUUCUCCGAGGCUUUUGGCGAGCGGAGCUUGAUGGAGAGCCAGGCACAGGGCGUCAAUCUCUUCUUGGCGCAGGCUUUCGUGGAGGAGCUGCGCAGCCGCAUCCCUCCAUCGUCGGAGGUGCUGAGGAUCCUCCUCGAGCCAUUCGUCGCGGUGUUUGCAACGUCCACGGACAAGACGGUGCUCCAGAGGGUGAGAGACACGGUUUUCCUACAGCUCCUCCAGGAGGCUCGCAAAGCAGUGAAGGUAGAGAAUGGUGGCGAGGAGGAAAAGAAGUGCCUGGGAUCUCUCGUCCUCGGUCUUCCACUCGCGGGGAAGUUCUUCGAGCUCUCGGCGGAGCCAUCGUUGGGGGCGAUCAACAAGAAGUUCCUCCAGCAGCUCUGCGAAGACUUUAGCAGAUCGGAGGGAGGCGUCUCCUCGCCGGCGAUGGGGAUGCUCAAGCCGGCCGUGACUCCGCCACCAAAGGUGGUGGUGGCGGAGGAGCUGGCGGAGCCGGCAAGCCUUUCCGUGAAUGGAAGGAAGCGGAAGAGGAUCACCGGCGAGGCGGUAGUGUUCCAGUCGCGAAGAGUCCUGAGAAGCGAGUUAAAGCUUGCGCUCCAGAGCAGCGACAGCGAUCCAGAGGACAGCCCAAGGAGUAGUCCGAGGAGGAGCCCGAGACGAUCGCGGAGCCCGAGCCCGAGCUUAAGUCCGAGACGAGCGUCACCCAGGAGGAGAGGCGGCAGCGACGAGCAGCCGGCACAGUCGGAGAAGGAGGUGGAAUCGACGUCGGUGUCGGGCGACGAAGAUCUAAGCAGUGGAGGAGGAAAGAAGGUCCGGUUUGCGCUCAAGAACAAUCUCGUCUGGUCUCCACGGCGGCCUCUCCCGCCGGCGUGGGUGAGGGUUCCUCCGUGUGCCGCGCCGCGAGGAAGCGCCAUGAAGCCGGGCGUUCUUCCAGGUCCCAUUGCCGAUCCUCCUCCGCCCAAGCAGAGGAGGACGAAGGAGAGGAAGCACAGGGGCAAGAAGAAGGCGCCCGGGGUGGGAUCGCCAUCGCCAUCGUCGUCCGGGAAGAAAUCGAAGAAAGCGAGGAAACGGGCGUGAGCUUUGUUAUAUGUUUUGUACAUUCGUCUAGUUGAAACAAAUGAAGAACCCUAAAAAACGA